AUGACUGUCGCGACACCCCGGGAGCUGCCCGAAUUUCUCAGGCCCCUUUGGGCCUGGAUUGAGGCAACACCUGUUUACGUUCUUGUCGUUCUCUUCAUCGGCCUUAUUACCCUGGCUGUUUUCGAGCUCUAUGUCAUCCUACAUCUCGUCGCGCCAAAGCCUCGUCCCGUCCACCCCGCCGAGAAGCAGUACAUCACGAGCCAUCCCACUACCGGACGAACACAGCCUCAACCUCUGCCAUGCUGGUAUGACCGCUGGCUUGCAGAGCGCCAGGACAGCGAGCAGCACAUUAAGCCUUCCGAAGCCUAUCCCACUCCCGACGCUGGCAACAUUGAGCCCGCCCAAGUGCGCCUGAGCGUUGUAUUCCCAGCCUACAAUGAGGAAGACCGUGUGAUCCCAACUUUGGUGGAAGCCGUCGCUUACCUUGAUGAACACUUCGGUCGCACCACAGCUCCUCCAACCAGCUCCACAAGCCCAUCGUCUAAGCGACAUGGGCGAACCGCUCCCAAGGAGGAACUCGGGGGUUACGAGAUUUUGGUAGUCGAUGAUGGAAGUCGGGACAAGACUGUGGAUGUUGUUCUCCAAUUCGCCCAGGAAAACGGUCUACAUGACAUUCUCAGAGUCAUUUCACUUGAGCGCAACAGAGGCAAGGGUGGGGCGACCACUCAUGGUUUCCGACAUGUGAGGGGCGAAUACAUCUUGUUCGCCGACGCCGACGGAGCUUCGCGCUUUUGUGAUGCUGGCAAACUCAUUGAAGGAUGUGAGGAGGUUGUUGAUGGAUCCUACCGCGGCGUUGCUAUUGGCAGCCGUGCCCAUCUUGUCGGCAGUGAGGCCGUCGUCAAGCGUUCCGCGUUGCGCAACUUCCUCAUGCGAUCUUUCCAUCUCGUCCUCAUGAUUCUCACUCCCCCAGCAACAUCUCGCAUCCGUGACACUCAGUGCGGUUUCAAACUCUUUUCUCGUGCAUCACUCCCUCACAUCAUCCCCUACAUGCACACCGAAGGAUGGAUCUUCGAUAUCGAGAUGCUCAUGCUCGCCGAGUCAGCUCCCGCGACACCAGUCCUUGGCCAUGACGGCAGUGUUAUUGGCACUAGUCCUGGCAUCAAGGUUGCUGAGGUGCCUAUUGAGUGGCACGAGGUCGGUGGAAGCAAGCUCAACGUCAUUCAGGACAGCAUCAAGAUGGCUAUUGGCCUUGCGGUGCUACGAGCGAGUUGGAUGUUUGGCGUCUACAGACGAAGAUUGACAUAG